GGUCGAAUGAACGCGAAUCCGACACUUCGAUUUCCCUGCCUGUUGUUAAGGAGAUGCUCUCGGUGACUGCCGCCGCGAUCGCCGGGACGGUCCUUUUCCAGAGCAUCCAUGUCGCCCCUAGUCGUCUUGGUUUAGAUCAAGAAUUGAAGACUUUCUUACACUCAGAGCCCGAAAUCGAUCCGAAGUUCACCAUGGGCCGAAGCGCAAAAUUCGCUAAACGCAUGCCGAAGAAACUAAAAUCCUCCGCGCUGGCCACUGGCUCUUCAGCGAACAAUACGUCUCACGCGCAACAGGUUCAAAAUGCUAAAAAAAGAGCCAGUCUGAAAAGCAAAGCGGUGGAUAGGGGAGGAACCAAUGAAUCGCUGCUUGGAGGUGCAGAUUAUGUAUCAUUAAUGAUGGGGGGACGAAAGAAAGCUCGUCAGGAGGCUCAGAAGCUACCUAAAGAUAGCUAGACAUGCUUAGUAUCCAUCAGCUAUUCAAUUCGCAUCAGUGGUAGAUGAUUGACAAAUAAUUACUACAUUUUUUUGGGUCAGUUAAUGA